AUGUCUUGCUGCAACGGCAACUGCGGGUGCGGCUCCGGCUGCCAGUGCGGCAGCGGUUGCGGCGGCUGCAAGAUGUCCCCUGACGUGGAGACCACCGCCACCGUCGGCAUCAAGCCCAUGGUGCUCGCUGCGCCCACCACUAAGGCCAGCGCCGGCGGGUUCGAGGUGGCCACCGAGGGUGGCGGCUGCGACUGCAACACCUGCAAGUGCGGCACCAGCUGCAGCUGCUCCUGCUGCAGCUGCAACUGA